UUUCCAACUGAAACGACGUCGUAGACAAAAAGAAAAAGAAACGAACGAACCCUAAAUCUCGAGGAAGCAGAGCCGAGAUUGAUUCCCUCUCUUCGUUUUCUACUUUCUUGCUCCUCUGCUCGUUUUUCUCCCGGCGACGUGACCUCUCUGUCUCUGUUCUGUUCUGUUCCGUGUCUACUAGAGGUCUGCAUCUUCUGGGAAUCACUGACUUUGCACUUAAUCGGAAUUUUCGGGAUUGUUUGGAGAAACUUUGGAGAUGAUGGACAACGGAAAUGAUCAACAAAUUGAUGUUAGAUCAGUGGUUGAAGCUGUUUCCGCCGAUCUUUCCUUCGGUGCUCCCCUCUAUGUGGUUGAAAGCAUGUGCAUGCGCUGCGAAGAAAAUGGAACAACCAGAUUUCUAUUGACCUUAAUUCCUCACUUCAGAAAGGUCUUAAUAUCUGCAUUUGAAUGUCCACAUUGCGGAGAAAGGAAUAAUGAAGUUCAAUUUGCGGGCGAGAUUCAACCCCGAGGAUGCUGUUACAAUCUAGAUGUUCUAGCUGGUGAUGUGAAGAUAUUUGACCGACAAGUUGUGAAAUCUGAAUCAGCCACUAUUAAGAUUCCUGAACUGGAUUUUGAGAUUCCACCAGAGGCCCAACGUGGAAGUUUGUCUACUGUGGAAGGGAUAUUAGCACGGGCUGCCGAUGAACUGAGUGCCCUUCAAGAAGAACGCAAGAAAGUUGAUCCUAAAACUGCUGAAGCAAUAGACCAAUUCUUGUCCAAACUGAGAGCUUGUGCUAAAGCAGAGAUAUCCUUCACCUUCAUUUUGGAUGAUCCUGCUGGAAACAGUUUCAUUGAAAACCCACAUGCUCCAUCACCAGAUCCCUCUUUAACCAUCAAAUUCUAUGAGCGGACACCAGAGCAACAAGCAACACUUGGGUAUGUUGCUAACCCAUCUCAGGCUGGACAAUCAGAAGGAAGCCUUGGCGCACCUUCUGCUAAAACAGCUUAUGUACCUAAUGGAACAAUCGGAGCAACUGCUGGUCAUCGUGCGAUUGCUCAGAGUAAUAGCACUGAUAUUUCCGACAACUUGUUCAGAUACUCUGCGCCUGAAGAGGUGAUGACUUUCCCUUCAACUUGCGGAGCAUGUACGGAGCCGUGUGAGACACGGAUGUUCGUGACUAAAAUCCCGUACUUUCAGGAAGUUAUUGUCAUGGCAUCUACAUGUGACAGUUGUGGCUAUCGUAAUUCUGAGUUGAAGCCUGGUGGUGCAAUUCCUGAGAAGGGAAAGAAAAUUACUCUCUCUGUGAGGAACAUUACUGACCUUAGCCGAGAUGUUAUCAAGUCGGACACUGCAGGAGUGAUAAUCCCAGAACUUGAUCUGGAGCUAGCUGGUGGUACACUUGGUGGAAUGGUAACAACAGUGGAAGGGUUGGUCACACAGAUCAGAGAAAGCCUAGCGAGAGUUCACGGAUUCACUUUUGGUGAUAGUCUGGAGGAGAGUAAGAAGAACAAGUGGAGAGAAUUUGGAGCCAGGCUCACUAAGCUCCUAAGCUUAGAAAAGCCAUGGACUUUGAUUCUUGACGACGAGUUAGCAAAUUCCUUUAUUGCACCGGUAACUGAUGAUAUCAAAGAUGAUCAUCAGCUCACAUAUGAAGAGUACGAGAGGUCAUGGGAUCAAAACGAGGAGCUGGGUCUCAACGACAUAGACACUUCUUCAGCCGAUGCUGCUUAUGAAUCCACAGAGACAACUAAAUUACCUUAAAAGUUGUCUGCAUAAUUUAAUUAAUUUUUGUUGGUGAUGAUCAGACUGAUGGAUCCGUAUGUUGUAUUGUAACAAUCAGAGAAUCAACGAACAAAACUGCUUUAUCUUUUUUCAUAAAAAAAAAAACAUCAAAA